CGCGCCCUGCGCUCGCGCCAGCGGAGUCUGAACGCGCGCGCCGCGCUCCCCUCUUCCUCUCCAGCGACCAGCCGCGGUACCGCAAUCGUCUGCAGGAGUUUAUAGCUCGACAGUUGCGAGAGAUUAGACAAGAGAGAGAGAAAAAAAUUAAGACAACCGUUAACGAUCAUCGGUGAAGGCUCGAGUAAUUGAAUCCUAAAGUUGUUUUUUUUUCUCCGAGGAGGUAACAAAAACCCCCCUUGAAAAAAAAAAUAGCCUUAGCGAUUUAAACGAAAAUAAUAAAAUAAAGCAAGACGCGUAAGAUGGCCGACCGUGAGCUGCUGGUGCAGAAGGCCCGACUUGCCGAGCAGGCGGAGCGCUACGAUGACAUGGCGGCCGCGAUGAAGGCGGUGACCGAGCUCAAUGAGCCGCUGUCCAACGAGGAGCGGAACCUGUUGUCCGUGGCCUACAAAAACGUGGUGGGAGCGCGGCGCUCGGCCUGGCGUGUCAUCUCCAGUAUCGAGCAAAAGACGGCCGGUGAUGGGAGCGAGAAGAAGCAGGCCAUGGUGAAAGCUUACCGCGAGAAGGUAGAGAAGGAGCUGGAGACUGUUUGCCAGGAUGUUCUUGACCUGUUGGACAAGUUUCUCGUGAAGAGUUGUGAUGAUUCCCAGCAAGAAAGUAAGGUCUUCUACCUGAAAAUGAAAGGCGACUACUUCCGCUACCUUGCGGAAGUGGCGGCGGGUGACAAGCGCGAUGGUGUUGUCCUCAACUCCGAGAAGGCCUACAAGGAGGCCUAUGAGAUCUGCAAGGAGCAUAUGCAGCCCACGCAUCCCAUCCGCCUGGGUCUGGCCCUCAACUUCUCCGUCUUUUACUAUGAGAUCCAGAACGCGCCUGAGCAAGCCUGCGAGCUGGCCAAGACGGCCUUCGACGACUCCAUCGCCGAGCUUGAUUCCCUCAACGAAGAUUCCUACAAGGACUCCACGCUCAUCAUGCAGCUUCUGCGCGACAACCUAACGCUGUGGACCAGCGACCGGCAGCAGGAUGACGAGCCGGAGGAGGAGAAGAAUAAUUAGGCAGGGCAGUCUCACACUUCACUGUCACUACCUACGCAGGGGCUUAACGGGGGUUGUGAGGGGCACACAGGAUUUCACCAGCCAUUUACAGGCAACCCACAUUCCUCUGCUUGGUGGUAUUGUCAACAUUUGUUUUGUUCCUUUCACCAGCUGUUAGAUGCAACAGUCAUUCCACAAGCUAAAAAAGUGAAAAAAAAAUACCUGGCAAAGAUAAAUUUGAUUUUUAGCUACAUUCGAAGCAUUGUCAAUUGGUAAAAUGUCUCCUGGUUUUCCAGGUGUGCAUACAAUGUUGGCCAAAAAAAAAUCUUGAUUUAAGAAAAGAUCUAGCUUGGAAUGGAGUCCCCUGUUCGUUGUUUUGUGAUAAUGCAUCUUGCACAUUAGCUCAAUUUAUACACAAGCAUGUCAAUUUAUAAACUUCAACAUUACUUGGCACACCUUGAGUAAGAUUGGCUUUGUUGAUGAAUUCUAGUGUUGAAUAUUCAUGGUUCUGGCAAAUAUUUUUCUUUUUUGCAUAUUUAAAUGGUUUAAUCACUUCCUCUGUUAGCUACUGCAUACAAGUGUUAUUCACUAUGUCCACCCCAUUAAAAAAGUCGGCAAUUCACUGUGGGUAAAUCACUGCCACCUGUAACAACUACUGUACACAUCACAUUUAGGCAGUAGGAUGUAGCCAAUUACGAUUUAACUGUACGUGCUUACACUGUACAACAUCCAGUUUAAGUGCUCUGCUUUUCUCGCCACGGUAGGCCGUAGCUACUUGAUGAAUGGUGAGACAUUCCCCAAAAAGUUAUUCUCUGCAUGUAACAGUAUACACGAUCUUUUGCCUUAGCAGUUUUUUUCAUUUGAUUAAAUGUGGGAAUUUCCUUAAAUAUUUUGUUUAAAAAAAAAGUUAGCCUGUUUCUGAUAUCCUGCAGUGCAUUCAUUUUACUAAGUGGAUUUGUUGUUUGUGAUGGUAAAAUUAAAACAAUAAAAUUAGUUAAACACUGUAAGAAGACAGUCAAUUGGUCUGUUUUGUGUUAUUCUCUUUGUUACACAGAGCAUAUAUUUGGUCAUUAAUGGUCUGUAAUGGUUUUUUAAAUAUUUAAAAAUGUGCAUUCAAGUAAUAUUCAAAUGCUUUCGGCAAGUAAAAUAGGCCAGUCUUGGGUAGAGGGAUUGGUGGGUUUGGGGGGGGGGGUGUUGUAGACUGGGGGGGGGGGGGUACCCCUUGAUUAAAGUAUUAGAUUCCCCUAUCCCUUUUCGUCCUGUGCAGUUACGCAUUUGACAUUGCAGCAGGCAUGACUGUAGACUUGUGCUGCCUGCUAGGGCAAGCUAAAGAUCGUGAUUCCAGCUCCAGAGUAGUUAAGGCUUUCUCGAUGCGGUUUCCUUGACUGCAAGGCUUCGUUGUCUGCAGUGUUUGAGCUGUUGUGGUGUGUGCUGUGUGCAGUUUUUGGGAACUAAGCGGCAGAGUGGCUCCUGCUUGACCUUCAGUAACAUGGCUUGGCAAACUGUUGCUUCACAAACAUGUAGUGGGACAAUAAUAAAUGGCUCUGUGGCA